UCGGCGCGCAAUCAAGUGACGCAUCGUGGAAUCGCCGCUGCUGGCAAUACUAGUGAAGCUAUUCGUUUGUAGAAAGAAACGUUGACUGACGUGAUACAUCUGUAUGGAUUUAGUGGUCUUCGGUAGCUUCUGCUGUGUUGUAUCAUAUUACGCCACGCACAUUGAAUAAUUUAUGAUAAAGAGCGCAUGUGUUAAUAAUGCAAUUUACAAAAGUGCACAGAGGAAUGCAACAAAGUCCGGAAAAUGAUGCAAUCACUGCUAUUCGAACCUGUGAUUAAGAGUUGCCGUUGAAUGCCGUAUAAAACUACGCGAGACGUUGCGUUACGUUUUUAUGGUUUACUCGAAAAAUCUGAUUAUUCAAUUGGCACAAACUGCAGCAGUUUAUGCAAAUCGCUAUGAGAUUGCAAUGCCUUCGGCAAUUAUUGACGCCGAUGACAACGAUUGAAAGCCGAUCGAUUAAGACUUACAGAUACCGCAGAGAAUUCACUAUGAAAGCUUAACAGCAGCACGCCGAGACAGCCUUCCUUUUUAUUAUACACAACUUUUAUUUUACCGCGAAUGACGCGAUAACUACGAUGCGAAAAUAAUUUAGUCCACGCAGAUAACUUGCAAUGUUCUUCUGUCCUAUUUCUUUGUCGUUUAAGGGUCGGUUCUCUCCAAUCUGCCAUCUUCAGUGUAUGACGUCAUAGGCAAGGAAUGACAUGGUCGAAAAUUCUUGCGUCCCAUAUUUUUCACUUUUUCCUCACAAAAACAAUAUUUUUGUAUUCUUGAAACCUGCCCAGAUAGCACAAAAGUACCAGAAAUAUUCUAAGAACGUCCUACGAACGUUGAACAUUCUUUGAACGUUCUUAGAUUGUCUCUGGAACUUUUGUGUUACCUGGAUGUACAAUAUAUCAGAAAUUCUGACAUUUAUCCGAUGAUAUAAUAUUAAAGUAGAAAUCUUAAAUCGUGUAGCUCUGCUGCCAGAACCAGUUUUGACAGCUGUUGCAUUUUGGGAAUUAUUUUACGAUUCUACAGCAUGCAUCAGACAGCUUGCAUAAAAUCAAGAUGGCACAUUGGCGAGAGCCGAUCUUUAAUAAAUUAAUUAAUAUAUGUCAUGUCUAUAUGCGUAGCAAUAAGAAAAAUGACAAUAAUAAAUUCAGCCGCGAAGGAAAGCUUAAAUGUAAAAAAUCCUCGUUGUUUUUUAUCGCGCGAGUAACAAACUUUGUCCUACACAGUUCAUUUACCUUAAGCAGAUUGAAACAAUAGUCAACCGUUUUGACAAUAUUAAAAUAUUUAUCGUAUUAUUCAUAUUAAAACUUAUUUUUUAUGUUUAUUAAAAAAAAUUCGUACAGCUCAUUACAAUAUCUACAGCUAUACGCCAAUUUCAUUUGUAUUUACUGUUUGUCUAAUGCCAUACUUUUCAAUGUAAUGUCACGAGAAAAAGGUAUUUGCCCUUCCUGUUUGACGUAAUCUGACUUUACAAGUAAUACUGUAAGCAAAUGAGUUCUAUUUCGUGCUAAUACCGAAUUUAGAAAGAAGAUUCAUGACCACGUUGAAUGUAAAUUUAUUUCGGAGUGACCCAUGUUGCUACUUCCGGCACGUUAUAUGUAUAUAUAUAUAAAUUUUUUUUCAAUGAAAAAUAAAUUUAUCACCUUACAUUUGGCAAGCUAAAUUCAUUCGAAGUAUUGGGCCUUCCAACGAAUAUAAAACAAAAUCAUAUAAAUCAUUGCGUCGACAUGAAUUUUGGUUCUAUAGAAAGGUGCUGAAGAUUUUAUGGAAAGUACAAAAAGUAUAAAGCACAAAAUAAUUAGUGAUAUAUUCACUCAUCAUGACAUCGAUGUCGGUUGGAACUUCUGUGACAGAAUUGGAAGAAUCUUUGAAUAGUGACAAAGAAAGUAACAAAUUGCACCAGGCUAAUUAUGAAUGGAAAAUUGUUUGGAGGAACGUUAUCAUUUUUUCUUACAUUCAUCUUGCUAGCAUUUAUGCAGCGUACCUAUGUCUCUUCCGCCUUAAAUUUAUAUCAUUUCUUUGGUUCUAUUGUGUUGGAGCCUGUGCGGGUUUAGGUGUCACUGCUGGUGCUCAUAGAUUAUGGUGUCAUCGAUGUUAUAAGGCAAAAUGGCCGAUGAGACUUAUGUUGAUGAUUUUUCACACUAUUGCUUUUCAGGAUGCCAUUUUUCAGUGGGUAAGGGAUCAUCGAGUGCACCACAAAUUUACUGACACUGACGCGGAUCCGUACAACGCGCGUCAAGGAUUCUUCUUCUCGCACAUCGGUUGGCUUCUGGUGCGUAAGCAUCCGAGCGUUAAAAUUAGAGGUGCGACGGUCGAUUGCAGCGAUCUCGAGCAAGAUCCCUUCGUGGUUUUUCAAAAAAAGUGGUAUAUGUAUUUAAUGCCGUUCUGCUGCUUUAUCAUACCUACAUUGGUACCUUACUGGUUCUGGGGCGAAAGUCUGUGGUAUUCAUGGCACGCCGCUGUUUUCAGAUAUUGCGUAAAUUUAAACAUUACUUGGUCAGUGAAUUCUGCAGCCCACAUGUGGGGCGUAAAGCCAUACAACAAGUCGCUUAGCUCCACCAACAAUAGCAGCGUUUCUUUCUUUACGCUUGGCGAAGGCUGGCACAAUUAUCAUCACGUUUUUCCAUGGGAUUAUAAAGCCGCUGAGCUUGGCAAUUACAGGCUGAACCUUACCACAGCUUUUAUCGACCUAUUUGCUUAUUUCGGUUUAGCUUACGAUUUGAAAACAGUACCCGUUGAUAUGAUAAAAAAACGAGUUCUCGAAAAUAGCAAAAAGGAUUAAUAUUUUUAGUACUUGUGCAUGAAAUUAAAAAAUAACUUUAAUUAAUUUUUUAAUUUCUGAAAUUAGUUUCUCUGCAGGAAAUCAAACUUUAUGUAAGCUUGAAAAUUUAUUCCAUUGUAUCACUUCAUUACAAUCCUUCUCUAGUUAUAUCAAUAUAGUUAUAGGAUAUUUUGUAUAUAAGUAUAACUUUAUGUACACAGAGGAAAUGAAAUAUAACUUGUAAUAUUAUAUUGUAGCGCAUUUAUAUAUACUUAAUUAUAUACAUAAUCAUACAUCUUAUAAAGAGAUUUGUUUGGUCUUAAUUUAAGCAUGAUUAAGAUGUAAUUACAAAGUACUAAGAUGAAUUAUUACAUUA